AUGACCGAGGCACUUGGUAACCAAGGCAGGCGCACUCCACCCCCUGAAGUUUCCAAGCUAUUAUCUACCAUGAAGAACAUUGGAUCCUACAAGUUCAAAGGAGGAUCCGAUCCUAUUGAAGCCGGCAAGUGGAUUACUAUGAUGGAGAAGAACUUUGAGGCUAUGGAGUGUCCUGAGGAGUAUAAGAAGAAGAUCACGGUGUACUAUUUGGAAGGCGACGCAACAGGAUGGUGGGACAGUAUAGACAAGCAGCGUGGACUCACCAUCACAUUAUGGGAAUCGUUCAAGGGAGAGUUUGAGAGGAAGUAUUUUCCUCCAGAAGCGAAGCAUCGGUUGGAGCGCCAAUUCAUGAACCUUGUUCAAGGAGAUAGGCCAGUGAGGAGUUACGAAUCUGAGUUCACAAGGUUGAGACGACAUGUUCCACUUAUUUGA